AGGAAGGAGAGGGAGAAGAAAACCUAAAGAGAAACAACAAACUGACUGAAACCAGGCACCACAGAAGAAAAAGAGUUUGUGACACUUUCCUGCAGGAGUUUUAAUUAUUUGUUUCAAGUUUUCAAAGGUGCUUUUAAAGAUGGAGAGCAUACGAGCUGUGGUCUAUCUGUCUGUCUGUCUGUCUGUGCUGACAUCACUGUGUCAGGGUCAAAGGUCAGGCAACAGCCACCUGCCAUCUGCACCUGACGAACCAAUCCUCGGACUCUCAACCAGUGAGCUGGCUGAUGCUCUGCAGGGUCUUCUGGAUGAAGCUGAUAGCUCGGUCGGUCUCUCUGUGGAGAAAAAAGCCAGCGUGAUCCCACGGUGCGAUGUGGGUGAACGGUGUGCGAUGAAACACGGACCUCGGAUUGGUCGGCUCUGCGACUGUCUGAGAGGAACUGCCUGCAACACCUUCUUCCUGCGCUGCUACUGAACUGAUCCCCGUGAGGACCUAAACUCCGUCUGGACGCUCACACAGACUUCACUAACUGUGUUCAUGAAGACAGAAG